AUGUCUGUACUGAUGGUUCGCCGAACCCACGCCCUGACGGCCCUAGGUGACGACAAAAUUGGUCUUCGUUUUAAUGAGGCAUUUAUUUAUCGGUCCACUGCUGGGCUAUUUAAAGAGUUGGUGUUAUUUUGUUCCCAGUCAACCUGUUUCUCCGUCUCUCCGCGCCUCAGGCAGACUAGCCAUCGGGCGCGAAAACAGACUGAUCCCGAUUGUUGUCCGAAUACUUCAGCUGGUCCGUCAGCCUUUGGCUGGGGCUACCUCCUCUUCAGGCAACAGGACCCACGCUGUCCUAACGAAGGCGCGCAACUUUGCGGUUGUGGUCAAAGUGAAAUGGAACUUUGGGCACUGAUGACUGUUGAUAGGUGA